GGUAGAGAGACGUGGUGGAGAUGUAGCAAUCAACGGAAACUAUAAUUUUUUAACGCUCUCCAUUCCUCUUAUAUCGUGCAUUUUACUUUUUUCUACUUUGUUUAUUUCUGUUUUCUUAUUUUACGCUUGUUUUGCCGCUUUUCGGUUCGAGUUGUGUAUCCUUGGCAACGCCAGUAACUGUCCUGCGAAGUUUGGAUCAAGUGGUUUACCUUUGGCCGGAAAAUAAACUGGAUAACUACCCGAUAAACUAACGGAGUUGACUCCGUGAGUCACAGGAGGGUCUGUGAAAGUACUUCAGACUGUCUUUAUCCACAUUUAACGAUUUUUAUUUUUAAUUUUAAACCUUGUGUUAAAGGAAACCGGACAGCGCGAGACAAUAGUGGUGUGUGAGAGACACAGAGAAAGCUCGUGCAAGGGAGGAGGAGGAGGGGGGUCGAUGCCUCGCGGGGGCUUUGUUCUGCCCCGUGUUGAGACAUACCGCGGAUAUCGACAGAUUUAGUGGUGGAUUAAUGAUUAGUUCGUGAUUAAUAAGCGGAGUCGGAAGCCGUGGGAGCAACCAUGGAUGUGACUCUGUCGGAGUUACUAGCCACUUUCAUGGAGUCGCCGCUGGUGGUGUGGGUGCGGAUGCUGGGCCCGUUGGGUUCAUGUGACAGUGUGGGCUCAGAGGAGCGGGUCAGCAUGUUCAUGGAACUGGUGGACGGUGUCUUCUUGCACAAGAUCAUGACACACAUUGACCCGAGCCCGACCAACCAGAGGCUGAACAAGAAUGUCAACAAUGAUGUGUCGCUUCGCCUUUACAACCUGACUGUUCUCACCAGACACAUCAGGACGUACUACCAGGAGACUUUACAGCAGUUAGUAGUCAUGCCCCUCCCCAACAUCCUUUGCAUCGCCAAGGAUCCAAUAUCAGCCAAGAGCAUGGAAGAACUGAAAAGACUGUUGUUACUGAUACUAGGCUGUGCUGUACAGUGUGAGCGUAAGGAGGAGAUGAUAGAGAAGAUCAAGCUGCUGGACAUUGAGACCCAGGCCGCCAUCGUCUCUCACAUCCAGGAGGUCACCCACAACCAGCUGAAUGUUCUCGACCUGUCGUGGCUGGAGGAAGGAGCAGAGAUUGUGCAGGAAGAGCUGGAGCCUCUUUCCCGUAACAUGGCUUCAUCGCUACGGCAACUGAUUGACCAAAGAGACAAAGCCAGUGAGGUGAUUGUGGAUCUGACCCAGGAGAGGGAUUACCUGUUCAGUCAGCAGCCCCAAGAAGGGUGCAGGACUCUAGGCAUGAGCAGCCUGGAGCGUGGGCAGGGCUCUGGAGGUGUGGGAGUAAAUGACGGAGGAACGUCUGUAACUGUGUCUGGGCUGACCAAAGAAGAGAAGCAGCAUCUGUCUGUGGAGCUCGCCGACACCAAGGCCAAGCUGCGCAGAAACAGACAAGAACUGGAGGAGAAGACAGAGCAGCUGUUGGAUUCAAAACAUGAGGUGGAGCGUCUGGAUCAGGAGUUACAGAAAGUGAAACAAGAGAACCAGUCGCUGUCUUGUGAGGCUCGUUCGGUCCGAGCGUACCGGGACGAGGUGGACUCACUGAGGGAGAGAGCAGCCAGGGUCGACAGACUGGAGACUGAACUGACCAGAUGUAAAGAAAAACUCAACGAUGUUCACUUCUACAAGAGCAGAGUGGAGGAGCUUCGUGAGGACAACCUGACUCUCAUGGAGACGAAGAUGUUGUUGGAGGAGCAGCUGUCAGCCUCCAGGGGACGCUUUGAGAAACUCCACACACUGGAGAAAGACAACCUGUUACUACGAGCUAAGAUACAUGACCUGGAAAUGGAGAGGGACAAUGAACGUCAGAGGCUGGAGGAGCUGGUGGAGGAGAACAUGCUGCUGGAGAUCGGACAGAAACAGAGUAUGAACGAGUCGGCUCAUCUCGGCUGGGAGCUGGAACAGCUGACUAAGAACCACGACAACACUAACACAGAGACUCGCAAGUCAUUGGUCCAUGAGCUGAACGAGUGUGUUUCCAGUCGAGUCUUGAAGCUGGAAAAGGAAAACCGGGAGCUACAGGCCUCUAUAGAGAGACUGAAAGGGGAUAAUCACCUCCUGCAGGAGCAGCAGCUCCAUACCCAGGAGCUGGACCGGGAGAACCAGAGCCUCAGCAAGAAGCUGGAGCGCCUUCAGGUCUUGUUGGACCAGGAGAGACUGACCAAUCAGGACAUGGAAUCUCUGGGAGAGGAAAUAUUGAAGGAAAAGCAGAGUCUGGAGAGAGAAAUGCACGGUCUGAGGGCAGAGAGGGAUCGGCAGAUUUCAGAGUUGGAGAGCGACAAGCAGCACUUGUCUGAAGCAGUGGUGUCCCUUCAGGAGCGCGCACAGUCUAACAGUGAGACAAGGGUCCGCGAAGUGGAAGCAGAGAACCGUCUACUGCACCAGAACAUCACCGACACCAGCUCCCGAGUGGCCAGCUUGGAAAGUCAACUCAAAGUCUCCAAUGAGGAGGCAGAGAGGCUGAGGGAAAGGGCGGGUCGGUGCGAGGAGGCGGAAAGAGAGGCUGCAAGGCUGGAACGGAGCAGGGACUCUUUGAACAAAGAAGUGGCGUCUCUGAGUUCAUGCAGCGAGCGGUCAGAGGCUCUAGAGAAGCAGGUGUCCUCCCUGGAGCAGGAGGUGUGCAGGCUGAAGCGGGAGGCAGAGGAGGCCCAGCAGAAGCUCGGGAGGCAUGAGGUGGACAAUGGCUUGCUGUCAAAGGAGAACCUGGACCUCCGCUGCUCAAUGGAAAACCUGCGUGCCUCAUCCGCCCGCCUAGCCACCCUGCAGGAGGAGCAUCAGGAGGUGCAAAGAGAGGCACAGGAGUUAAAGAGGAGGGUGGAGGAGGUCAGAGAGGAGGCACAGACGGAGAGGAAGAGGGCCGAAAGGCUGGAGCUGAACACGGCAGCUCUGAAUCAGGAGAAAUAUCGCUUAGAAGAGGAGAUAGAGAGGAGUAAAGAGGAGAGGGAAGAGGUAGAGAGAGAGAGGCGAGAGACACACAGCAGAGAGGAGGAAUGGAGAAGGGAAGUAGCAGAGCUGAAGGAGGAGCGGAAACGAAGGGAGGAAGGAGACAAGGAGAGGAGGAAGCUCCAACUGGACCUGGAGCAGUCAGAGAAGGGCAGGAAACACCUGGAGAAGGAGAGCUUGAAGAUCAGAACGCUGCUCGAAGGUAAAGAGACAGAGCUGGAGGAGAAAACCAGGCGACUGGCUACAGUGGAGAAGGAGGGCACGACUCUAAAUAAGGAAGUGGACAGGCUGAAGGAAGUGGCCGUCAAAGCCAAAGAGCUGGAGAGGGAGAACAAGGAGCUGCAGAAACAAGCGACUAUUGACAAGAGGACUCUAGCUAAUCUGAGAGAGGAAUUGGUGUCGGAGAAGCUGAGUGUUCAACAACAGAGUGUCAAGUUGGAGAGACUCAACGAAGAGCUGGAGAAGAUCGGACUGAACAGAGAGAAACUACUGCAACAAGAAUACACACAGGAGGACAGCCGGUACAGGCUGCUGGAGUCUCGGCUGGAGGAAACUGUCCAACAGACAAUGAAGAUUAAGGAGGAGAAAAUCUCCACCCUGGAAAAGAAGCUGGAGGAGAGCAACACACUCAAUACUACCCUGCGUGCCGAGCUGGUCACUGCUCAUAAAACUGCCCUGAGGCAGGAACAGGAGGAGGAAGAAAACCACUACCAGCAGCGCUCAAAUGGCAGCCGGGGUCAAGGGUCAGCAACUGCUGAGCUUCUACGAAUCAAAGAUCAUCUUAUUGAUGUAGAAAAGAAUAACGCCUCCCUGCAGACAGAGAGCAGUCUGUUGAAGGAGCAGCUCAAACAGCUGGAGAACCAGAACACUUCUCUUAACAACCAGAUGGUGUCGCUGCAGCGACACAUCACCACCCUGCAGGAACAGAAUUCAUCCUUACACACACAGACCGCUAAAGUGCAGGUGGAGAACUCCACACUCUCGUCUCAGAGUGCAUCUCUCAUGGCCCAGAAUGCGGUACUGCAGGGCCAAGUCACCGCCUUGGAGACUGAGGUGGAGUCAUGGCAGCGACAGCGUGAGGAGGCGUGGCGAGGUCGAGAGAGUGUGCUCAGCGACCACGAACGCCUGUUGAGCGUUCAUGAGAGGCAAGCUCACGAGUACGAGCAGUUGAUCAGUCAACACGCCGCACUGAAGUGCAAACAGAGGGCGGUAGAGAGCGAACACAGGACGCUGCACAGCAAGUAUUGUAUUUUGCUGCAGCAGAAGGAGAAAUGGGAGGAGCAGGAGGGUCGUGGCCAGAAAGAGAAGGAGGAACUAAACCAGGAGAUCCAGAAGAAUCGUCUGCUACAGCAAGAAAACCGAGAGCUAAAAACAGAAGUGAACAGAUUGACAGAGAGCCAAUCACAGCACUUAGAGCACAGUGAAGGGCUCCAGCAGCGCGUGAAUGAACUCAAGGGCUCAUUAAGCUCUGCCCAGCAGGAAGUGACUCAAUUGAUGGCACAAUAUGAUUCACUAAUGGAGCAACACCAGGGCCUGGACCUGACCAUGACCAAACUAGACAACCACUGUGAGCUGCUGAGUCGACUGAAAGGGAACCUGGAGGAGGAGAACCACCACCUCCUCAGUCAGAUCAACCUGCUAAGUCAGCAGAACCACACUCUGCUGGAGAGGAGCAUGGAGAGCAAAGAGUUGUAUCACCAGGAACAGAAACUAUACAUUGAUAAGCUGAACUCUCUUCGUCGGCAAAAAGAGAAACUAGAGGAGAAGAUCAUGGACCAGUACAAGUUCUACGACCCUACACCUAAAAAGAGGAGUCAGUGGUCUGGAGCCAAAGCUUUAGCCAAACUGAUUAAACCCCGAAAGGAGAGCAGCAGGGAGAGAGGGGGCGACCGAGACAAAGACGGGGGCAAGGAGAGAGAACGGGCAAAGAGUGCCCCUGACAUUCCCCUACCGGCUCCACCCCCACUCCUCCCCCCUGAGACACCUCCCCCUCUUCCCCAGCGGACGGCAAGUGACUCGCAAGAUGGUGGCCACGCUCACAGUAACCAUAACAACCUAAUCACCAGCCCAAGCCUGGGACCCCAGAGUCCAGCACUGACUCCCAUCAGCCGAGGUUUGACUGACAGGGGCCGGGGAGUUUAUCGCAGCAGCACUCCAGGAGGCAGCAGUGAGAGUGUCAAUGGAGAAGAUGGACAUGGGCAAGGUCAGAACCAUAAAGCUUUGAGCUCCACUCCAAGCCAUCAGUCAUCCUCAUUGGGCCUAAUUAACAACUCUAGCUCCAGAAUGGGACAAGGCCCCGGCCGCAGGCCCAGAGGCCUGUUAUUUGAUGAAGACUCUUGCCACAAUACCUCUGACUCCAUGUUUGGUCACCAUGGAAACAAGGGAGGUCGUCCAGGAUCAGCAGACUUCAGUCACAACACCUCCAGCUCCAAUUCACCUGUCAACUGCAGAGACACAAUAGAUUGUCAUGCUCACUCAGCCAGCCUCUCGAGUGAUGAUGUCACGGGUCUCAGCCGUUCACAGCAGACUCUGUCACGUAGCUCCACCCUCCCGUAUGACCACACGCCCCAGAGGGCCCAACCACAGCGUGGAGGCGGAGUCAGGACUAAGACUCGCCCAUCUUCACCUGGAAGCGAGAUGGUGACACUGGAACAGUUUCUACAAGAGAGCAACAUACAGUCACCUCCUAUGGUGUCUACAGGAAGCAGGGAGGACUUGAUGACUGACUAUUUCACCAGAAGCCCCGCCCCCUCUGGUCCCACUAGUCGAGAUCAGGUGACUCCCACCAGUUAUGUCACACCCACUGUACAACCAUCCAACCAGAGGCCAGGCCAGAGUGUGAAGCCUUCACCUCGCCAGCCCAUUGGCCAAUCCCCAUCCUCGGGCCAGCCCCUCGCCCAGAGAACCAGCCAAUCCCUGAGCCGGGCCUUCAGCCUGGCCUCAGCUGAUCUACUGCGCUCUAGUGGACCAGACAGUUUUCGUGGAAAAGAGGGUUCUUCUGGCCAAUCAGAUGUGGUGGUUCGGCGGCAAGGAGGAGGGGCUAAUGCUAGAGAACGACCGCUCUCUGCUCGUCUGGCUGGUCCAACUAAUCAGCUCGGAGAUGCCAGCUUCAUAAACCCACCCAUCCACCACUCAUCCUCUCUCAAUCUGCAGACGGAGAGAUACGCAGAGCGGGAAAGAGGGAGGACUCCUGUCUCUCAGAACGGCCCGUGCUCCUCCUCUUCCUACCAUCACCGUGGAGAGGUCGCCAUGGUAUCUCCGGUCAGGGCUGUGCCCACCCCACGAGCCAACGAAGGCUCAGAGCAUGGGGAUGUGUUACGGGAGGGACAGUCAGGUGACUCCUCCCUCUUAAAGAAAGAAAGUGAGAGAGCGAGGUGCGGCUCUGUUGAACACCCGAAAAGCACGCCGGCUUCCCCUGACCCCAACAACGACCCCCAGACUGUGUGGUAUGAGUACGGCUGUGUCUAAAGCCAGGAACCAGUCUGCUGGAGCUUCAUGGUCCAAAGCCUCAGACACAAGUCAUCAGUGUUUGGGCUGAGCGUUUUGUCUUGUGGAUGAAUGUUAGAAUGUAAAACUGAAGCUUUGUUCUAAUUCAGCAUCAACCACUGGAACUGUCUACAGGCCGAGCACAUUUAAAACAUCUCUGCAUAAACUUUAAUUUCUAUUUUCUGAAAUGAACUUGUAGAUGAACAACCAAACCUGAUUCAACACACCACCUGCCAAUACAGCUGCUGAAAACAGUCAUUCAGGAAGUUUUCUGAAGCGAAGGAGCUGAACACAAACGUCACAUCACACACCAAGUAUCGGAUCUAUGCAGUCAAUUUUCGACUCACCGUUUUCCACUCACCGUCAUCAACCCGAGCUGAAUCGCUCAGAGGCGGGUGCAAUGUAGAUUGAUAGAUUUUUUUAAGGAUUGAAACUUGAACACCACAACACUAUUACCACGUCUUUUAUUAUCACCAUGUUUAGUGUGAUUCAGCAAAUAGCCUCAGCCCAUAUGAUGGGAUUUUCAUUUCAAAGCCACCAAAUUUUUGAAAAUGGAGUUGCUAUUACUGACUGUUGACUGAAAGAUGGAUUGUGGAUGUUUUUGACCAGAUGAUAAUUCAGAUGUAAAAUUUUUUUCGAUUUUGGAUUUUAAAAACCUACAGAAACGGAUAUGGAAGCUGCGAUGUCUUGAAGUCUGAGAAUCCAUAACACUUAAAGCGUGGUUGUGGAGCAGAACACUAAGAACGGGCUUUGAAACUCCGUGACUGCUGACUGACACCGUCUGGCCCUGCACAUGUUUAUCUGGAUGCCAGGAAGUAGCCCUCACCAAGAACGAUUGGAAGUGAAGUGACGACCAGAGCGACUGAAUGUAUCAGAUUUCCCUUCCUUUUUUCCUCUCCUCCACUAUCUAGAACAAACACACUGGAAAAGAUGAGAGGAAAGGAGGAAAUAGAGGGAUUCAAGCAGAGAGAGACAAAGCAUGUGAAGGAGAAAAGGGUGAGUUAGAAUAAAUAGAGGGAUGCUGGGAUGUGGAGAGCGGUGGACAGGAUGAAGGGACAGAUAUAGAGGCGAAUGGAGUGAUGGAGUGAGGAUGAAUAGAUAAACAAGACAGAGAUGGAGGGCCCCUCCCAGUUAAAUUACAGUCUUUCUUCCUCCAUCUUUAGAUUCUAUCCCAGCAUGCAACACUCUGACACUUUACUGGAAAUGUUGCUCUACCCGAGCCAACACUAGUUUCAAAAACACAGUCACACACACAUAUAUAUAAUGAUAUAUACAGACACAGGCAUUGUCCUUGAGGGGGUUGGAUGUGGCUUCGCUAAACCAUUGAACUGGACUUAAUUCACAUCCACACACACACAUACACACAUACACACACCGCUGGGUAAACCACUGUGUUUUGGUUGGGGUGUACUGCUGCACGCUACGUUAGCCAGACAGUUGUAGACACUGCACAACAGCGAUGGGGAGAGACUCGGCUUGAAUCCAGAGCCACUGUGAUCCGAGUCGUUAGAGUUGUUCAUGCAGUGAAUUAACUCGGCAGCAGAAUUUGAGAGUUGGGCAGAUUGUCCUCGCUGUAAUUAUGUAAUGAAAACAACAUCAUCCAAGUGUCUCUGGUGAGUCUCUGACUUUGGUGCACAUUAACUUUUGCAUAGCACCAUAGCAUAACGGUGUGACAGCUUCAUGUAGAUUUACCAUGUCAGUCUAUGAUAAAAGGUGCUCAGUCCUCUACACUCACAUUUAACUGAAAUUUGUCAUAAGUUAUGUCUUUAAUGUGUCUACAGCACAUUAUCCACUGGUCAAAAAACCCACUAAGAUCCAUCAACAUCAGGCUUUUGUAGGCAAUGGAAAAGGGAACAAUCGGUAUUCACACCCGGGUCACAUGACUCUGCAGUAGACGCAGGUAUUUAUUUGCUCCGGUUCCGAUCAGCACCAAAUACAACACCCGGGUGAACACGCUAAUUUUCUCCCCUUUUCCUGCUGUAACACCUCGGCAGCACAAACGCUGUAGACACACCUGUCACCUGUCCAGGUGCUGUUACACCACACAGUGAUGCUGCACACAGUGAUGACAGAGUGAAGCUGCAGCCCUGAAAUAAGUUUUAAAAACACACAAUCACUAAGCGAAGUGUCUCCCACAGAGGCGCCGACACUGACAGAAGCAACAACCUGAGGAUGAGAUGUAAAAGAUCUGUUUUACGGUGGCUAGCAGCUCACUCUUCCUCCCCUGUGUGUGUGUGUGUGUGUGUGUGUGUGUGUGUGUGUGCGUGCGUGCGUGCGUGCGUGCGUGCGUGCGUGCGUGCGCUCUGUAAGUGCAAGUGAUGACUCCUUGCAGUUGUGUGUGUCUGUCAAAAGAAAAGUCUGAACAGAGAGACAAACUCGUCUGACAUUGGAAAAGGUUUCAAUCGGCUUUUAUUAGCGGGUUUACCCUUGUUUAAAAAACCUGCUUAUACCUUAUGCAAUUUUUUUGUCAACACUUGCUCACAUUAGAGAUUCCUCACUAAAAGAUCUUAGUAUGAAUCUGUUUUUCCUAAAGUUUAUCGCUUCUUGUAUGAAGCUCACCCAUACAGGGGAGACAUAUACACUGAGUCACGAGUCCACUGGAGACACAUGAAUGAUUUUGUCAUCACUGGUAGAAGACAUUUGGGGGAGUUUACAAAUAUGUGGUGUAUUGUUUUAACGAUAAAUGAUGAUGUUAAUGAAAAAGAGAUGAGGACACUUAUCCACUGACAUGUAGUCUGUGCUGCUUGUAGUAAAUGCAAAUCUGUGCUUCCUACAUUGGAAAUAACUGACAACAAACAUUCCUGGAAGAAGAUGAUGAUGAUGAUGAUGAUGAUGAUCAAGAUGUAACACUGGAGUUGUGAAAGAUUUUUUGACUGGAAUCCAUCAUUAACCUUUCUGCUCACCUUUUUGAGCAAAAAGCACAUGUCAAUAUGCAACGAACUAAAUUAUUUUACCUGUAACAUUUGUAUAUGAUGUUAGAUUUUAUAAACUGGUCACAUGUUAGAAGACCUGGGAUACAUUUAAAAAAAACUUGACCUUGAAAAUGUUGAUACCAAAACAGAUCCAGAUGAAUUCCUGUAAACUGGUAAAACCCUGUGAUUCCACUGUAAAACUUUAAUAGGUGUAGAUAGAUUUUUGUUUUUUAAUCCUUUUGAAAUGUUAGAACUGAGAUGAAGUGACAUGAUGUGAAACACUGUAGGUUGAUGCUGUCAGUAGUUCGUCUGUUAACUGUGCUGGGUUGGUGUGUGUCGUCUUUGUUGCUGCACUUAAGGCAUCUCUGCAUUAUAAUUUCCCAAAGCCCUUCAGGACAUUUGUGUCUGUGUGUGUGUGUGUGUGAGAGAGAGUGUGAGAGUGAGUCAGCAGUUUCCUGAUGUCACAGUGGGGAAAAAGAUUCCCCAAGCAUUUCUCUUUUAUUGAAAACACCAUCACACCAUCUUGCAUUAUUACUGUUCUUGGCUUUGUUGAAGGUGUGUGCGUCUGUCUGUGUGUGUAUGUUUGCUUCCUGUCUGUGUUUUCUGCGUGUGUGUGUGUGUGUGUGUAUCUGCCAACCUGCCUUACUGUCCCAAAAAUGUGGCGUCUUCCUUCAUGGAAACCUCUGCGAUCUCGUGUGUGGUUUCCGUGUCUUAGCACAGCUGUGCAACCUUUUACUGAAUUAGAAAAAUAUUAGUGCAAAAAAAGCAGCAGUGCAGUUCAGCGUCACAGGAGAGAAGUGAAAGCAGAAGGUGACGUGGAGCUGAUGUCACUGACAUUUCCUGCUGCAACUGGAACAACUGCUACUGUAACUGAGGAGACUGAUGUUAUUACAACCAAGAGCUUUUUUGUAAUAAAGAUUGAUAAAGUCA